GAACCAAAAUCUUCGAAAGGGGGAAAAAGAUUUCGAAGCUUUGAGUAAUGAGAGCGCUAGCGGCGGCUUCACGGCCACUGUUUUCCGAUUUGCCGAGUCUUGUUCGUUCAUGGCUUCCGCCUCAUAGCUUCAAGACGUUUGCUUCUGUAUCUUCGUCUCCUCCGUCGGAUUUGGAUCUCCGGAAUCAAUCUCGCGGUGGCCUUCCUCGAUUCUUUUCCGAUGAUCUUCCAUCUCGCAAGGGUGGAGUUGUUCGUGUUCAAGGCUCUGAGUUUUGGCAUAUGGCUAAAGUUCUAAGACUGAAACAGGAGGACAGGGUAGAACUCUUUAAUGGCAAAGGGGGUCUGGUAGAAGGUUGUAUUCAAAGCAUUGACAAAACUGGAGUUGAUUUUAUCGCACAAGAAGAUCAGAAGGUGAUUCUUCCUCAGGGCAUGCAGUGGCAGAUGUUUGCAGCUUUUGGAACUUUGAAGGGUGGUCGAGCGGAUUGGCUAAUUGAGAAAUGUACAGAACUUGGAGCGAGUAGUGUCACCCCACUUUUAACAGAAAGAUCUUCCAUAAUCUCUGAAAACCGGGUUGAUAGAUUGGAACGCGUUAGUUUUGCUGCGGCUAAGCAGUGCCAAAGGCUACAUCAAAUGGUACUGAACCCUCCAAUCAAAUUUGAUACCCUCUUGGAUCAUAUUUCCAAAUCAAAGUUAUGUUUGGUUGCUACAGCUGAAGCUACACCACUCCUGAAUGCAGUAAACUCCUCAACAAAAGAAACCAGUGGAAUAUUAAUCGUUGGACCAGAAGGCGACUUCACGAAGAAAGAGGUGGAGAUGAUGUUGGAAGCAGGCGGCACAGCAGUUGGACUCGGACCACACCGGUUGCGAGUUGAGACUGCAACCAUUGCUCUUCUUGCAACUCUAGUGAUGUGGUCUGACUCUCAAGAGACGGUCUAAAAGCUUGUUAGGCUUUAGUUUUUGUUGCCUUGUCUUGUGUUCUGAGAUUUUUGCUAGGUAAGGUCUCUGGAUUUGGUUGAUAAACAAAAAGAAUUCUUGAAUAGCUAAGAAAAGCUUCGAUUUACGAUAUGUUUCUGUAUGCUACGAGAUCAAUAAAUCAAGGUCAGCAUC